AUUUCAACUUCCUGUUUCUGCUUGCAGCAUGGCGAAGCGAAAUGUUUUGCUUAACUUGGAUAACGAAGAUGAUAGCAAUGUUGAAUUAAAAGUCAACAAAGACUACGCAAAUAAGUACUCAACUUGGCGCGAAAAAGAAGAACUUCAAAAGUUGAAGAGUAAAUAUGGUGAUGUCGAAGAAGAUUCAGAAUCCAGUUCGUCUGAAGAAGAAGAUGAGAAUGCAGAAGGCUGGUCAGAGCAGCUGGAAAAGGACUGGCUUCGGACAUUGGCUGCUGUCAAAAGUGGGGACCCCCGUAUUUAUCAGAAGGAUUUCAAAUUUUAUAAUAGUGACAGUAGUAAAGACAAGGAAGAUGGAAGUGCCAAUGAAAUGGAUGAUCCUCCUAAAAUUAAAAAGAGGAAUGAAAAACAAGAUGAAACUCCAGUGUAUCUUCGUGACUUUGAGCGUAAAUUCCUUCUUGAAAAAGGAGGGGUGUUGAGUGACAGUGAAGCUGAGGAGGAGGAUAACCAUCAACGCAGUCCAAGUUACAUGCAGGAACAGGAAGCUCUGAAGAAAAGUAUCCAGCAGGCAAUAAAAGAAAUGGAUGAUGACAAUGAUGAAGACUGCCUCAAACCUCGCAUCAAAACAAAAGCUGAAAAGGCCAAAGAAGAGGAGGAAUAUCGCCAGUGGCUAAAGGGAGAGAAGUCAGAGCUUGGGCAGGAUAAGCAAGCAGCUGUGGAUCUGGCACCACUGAAGAAUUAUUGGUCACAACCAGACUUGGAUGAAAGAGAGAAAUAUUUGCGGGACUUCAUCCUUAACAAGGCAUAUCUGAAUAAAGAAGAAGAUGAAGAUCCCCCAACAUACCAUGAGCUGAUAGAGGAAUUGGAGGAAGAUGAAGAAACACUGGAACACCAAGAGCAGUUUGAGAGGAAAUACAACUUCCGCUUUGAGGAGCCAGAUUCGCAGUUUCUACAGACUCAUGCUCGCAUAAUAGAGGACUCUGUUCGCAGAAAAGACAACAAGAGAGCCCUGAAACACCAAGAAAUUAAAGAAAGGAAAAAGAAAGAGAAAGAGGAGAAGCAGGAGGAAAUCCGACAGCUGAAAAACUUGAAGAAAAAAGAGAUUCUUGAACGCCUUGAACAGCUUAAGGAAAUCACAGGCAAUCCUGAUGUUGGAUUUUCUGCUAAGGAUAUUGAAGAUGACUUUGACCCUGCAGCUCAUGAUCAGAUGAUGCAGAAAUAUUUUGGGGAUGAUUUUUAUCAGGAACAAGAGGAUGUAAAGCCAGAGUUUAAAGAUGAUGCAGAUGAAGACUUUGAUGAAGAAGACUGGGACAACUGGGACGUGACCAUGUCUGCUACACAUGAGGCCAGACAGCAUACAGGAGAGUAUGAGGAGCCACAUGUUGAUGACCCAGAUUUUAUAAUGGAUGCAGACUAUGAUCCCACUCAGGUGACCUACACAUCAGGCAAAAAGAGAAAACGUGGAUCAAAAUUUGCUGAGAUUCUUCAGACCAAAAAGCCAACAUUUGAUGAAGUGUGUAAGAAGUAUGAAGGCAGUGAUCACCCUUUUGGUGAUUAUAUUGAUGAAUAUUUCCAGCUUGACUGUGAAGACAUUAUUGCUGGAGACAUCAAGUGUCGAUUCCGCUAUCGCAAAACAGUGCCAAAUAAUUAUGGGCUAUCAUUAGAGGAGAUUUUGAGAUGUCCUGACCGAGAACUGAAUUCCUGGGCCUCUUUGAAGAAGAUUUGUCAGUUUAGGACGGAGGAAGAUGAGUUGUAUGAAGUGAAAAAGUACAAGAGAGCAAGACAGUUGAGGAAAAAACUUACAGUCUUGCCAUCCUUGAGAGAUAAAAGCGAAUCAAAUGUGGAAUCUGAAGGAAAGAACAAGAGAGAUGAGCCAGAAACAUCUUUGAACAUAGCACAUGAGUCAACAUUGAAGGAGAAAAGACAACUUGAUAACAAUAGUCAGAAAAGCUCAGAGCAGAAAACAGAUUCACCUUCAGUGAAAAAGAAACACAAGGCUGAGAAAUAUUCCUUUACGGAAAAAGGAACUGGUGUGUUUGUUAAUGUGGGGCUGCGAGAACAAGCUGUCACACAAGAAGGUGUACACAAGACAGCAGAUGCUCUAGUGCUUACAGGUGACAGCAGCAAAAAGGUUAACAGCAUGACAGCAACCACAAGCAAAAUAAAGGAUCAUGAAAGGACAGAGAAAUCAGAGCAUAAAACAGAGAAGAAACUGCACCAGGUGGCAGUUGGUAAAGUGGAAAAAAAGCGUAACAAAAAAAAGAAGAAAAAAUACCAACCAGAUCACAUUUCAUCAGACAGACUUAAAGCCUAUGACAUUGACCCACGCAAAUUCAAAUACACAAAACACCUGAUAUUGAAGAAAUCAGUUGCCUGAUACAUUGGAACUCUGUAAGACCAGGUUGUGUGGAAGCAGGAAUAAUCCUUGAGUCAGAGUUGGAAACAUUAUGUACAAAUUGAGGAUAUCUGUAAACUGUGUUGUCAGAAGUCUUCGUGUCAUCACUGAUAUCUUUGAAGAGAUAAAUGAUUUGGGAACAGUCCCUGUUUAGUGUGGUGAUACUGUGUUAUAAAAUAUUUGCCACUUUUUAGUAUCAUGUUGUCUUUAUAAUGCAGUGACAUGGUGUCAUAUACACUUGGCUUACAUUUAACUUGGCUAAGAAUCCAACAUGCUUGUGUACGCAUAACUCAACUGUUUACAGAUCAGUUUUCCUCUCAUCCAUAGGUGGUCCAGUGGCGCAAGAGUUAGCGCCUGUCACCAAUACAGUGAAGGUUGGCUGUCCUAGAUUCAGCUCUCGUCUCGGGCCCACUGUUCUUUCUGUGCAUGGUAUCUGUUUACAGGGCUAGCUGCCUUCCCAUGAUAUAGCCUUAGUUGCUGGCUCUGCAUAAAAAGCCAACCCCAUCCUUCACUAAGUAGACUGAAGGGUUGGAGUUUGAGUGAACUGUAAAGACUUGCCUGUUUGUGGGAAAGCUCUCUGGACAAGAAGUUGUAUGUUGAGUAUUUUUCUUAAUACCAUAAUGGGAACUAGGUGUAUAUGGAUAAUAAUAGCGAAACAAAGUAGAGAAAACCAUUCUGCAGAAAAUAACAAAUAACUUCCAUUGUUGAUUAAAAUAUGGCAGUGCUUGUGGAAUAUAUCAACACCACAAAACAUCGUCAUUGAACCUUUUCAGGAUAUUGUUGUCUGCUGACAGUAACAUUAGAACAUCACUUGACAUAAAAACAUGUCUACAUUCAUUUCUAAUCACUUAUAGUCUCUCUCACAAGUAUUACAGAUCUGUACUCAUUCAUAUUGUUACUCAAAAUAGGUGGUGAUGUGUGCGUGUGGUGGAGGGGAGUUGAUGUUUUACACGGAGCCAGCGACUAAGACUAUAUCACGGCAAGGUAGCCAGUUCUGUAAACAUAUGCCACAUGCAGAGAAAGAGCAGCGUGCCUGAGAUGAGAGCUGAACCCUGGACAGCCAGCCCUCGCUGUACUAGUGACAGGCGCUGUUGUGCCAGUGAUCACCUACACAGAAUAAGGCAAAUUAAGAAUAAUACAAAGGCAAACACAGAAUAAUAAUUUAAAAAUAGGCAUAACAUCACUCUGAAAGAGGACCAAGGAAUCUGGCCAUCUACAUGUCCUAUCCAUGAGUUGCUUUUAUUUAUUUAUUAUUUAUUUUAAUUAUUUAGGAUUGCUGCCAGAUGAAUGAGUGCAGAUAACAAGUGGCUCUAGCCUUAGUAUCUCAUAACCUACCAUUUCAGUUUAUGCAUCUAAUGUCAAAAAUGGAGCCAGUUGACUAAAAUUGCAGUCAAU